AACAUUUGGUGAGACAACUUUAACUUCAUGUGUUGUGUAUCCUAAGUGUAUCCUAAGUGAGUCUGUGUGUUCACAACAUGUGAUUGGGGCAGUUCUGAACGUUUUGAAGUGUAGUGCUACUAAGAUUUCAACCAUGGUGCCUAAAGCAAAACCAAAAGCAGCCAGCUUGUUGGCAUUAAAACCAUCCAAGGAUGCAGAAUUUCGGAAGAAAUCCAUUAAAAAUCGAAAGACGUUGAAGACUGGGAAAAAAUGGUUAGCAGGACAAGAAGUGAAACGAGGUGUAAUUUAUCUCUCCCGCAUACCAUAUGGAUUUUUUGAGGCUGCGAUGUUAAAGUUUUUCCGACAAUUUGGAGUGGUCAAGAAUAUAAUACUGGCCCGGAGUAAGAAGACUGGAGCAAGCUGUGGGUAUGCAUAUAUAGAGUUUGAACACUACGAAGUUGCAAAGAUUGUGGCCAAAAUUAUGGAUGGCUACCUCACUUUUGGAAAAAUUAUGAAAUGUCAAAUCGUUCCUCCUGAGCGGGUAUCGGAUAAACUCUUUGCUGAUCGAUAUAUACGACCAAGAAACUGCCCUAGGGUAUUGAGUAGAACAGCUGCCAUUAACCAGCUCAAUAAGCGACGCACUCUGGGACAGGCGAGGAGUAGGAGACGUAGGCUAGCUGAUGCUUACAGGCAGAAAAUGGAUGUGUUGAACAAUUUGGGUAUUAGUUUGGACCUUGGACUGCCUGGAGUGAAGCUUCAAUCUGCUGGUAAUGACAUCAAUGAAAAUUCUGAUGCAGAUAAAAUUGAAAUGUGUGAAGAAAAUGUGGAACUUACGGAGGAGCAGAGAGUAGAGUUUAGCAAAGCAAAGAAGGACUUGACUAAUAAGAUAAAGGUUAGUCUGAAGAGAAUGGCAAAAACGAAAAAAGGGAAAAAAAUGGCUGAAAAAGCAACUGAGGAUAUGAACCUUCAAGAACCUGUUAAUGGUACUGAACCUCCUACAAACCCACCAUGUAAAGCUGUGUUAUCCACUAAAAAGAGUUUGGGCCGUGCAAAGAAAACUUCUCAGAAGAUUAAGAAACUGACUGGCAAAGGUUUGGUUUGCAAGAAAAUCAUUAAGAUGCAAAACACAUUGGAAGAGAGAGGCAUUUCAAAUGAUGAAAGUGCUUCUGAGAACCAGGUUUCCUCUGCAGGUAUUGAACUAAAUGGGAAAAAGUCACCAAUUAAUAGAGUUACUGCUGUGAAAAGGAAACUGAACAACAAUCAAACACAGACAAAGAAAUCAAUCAAAAGGAUCAAAGCUGUGCCAGUUGCAACGGGAUCAGAUUCCCAGUCUCUAUCGGCUGUGAAACGUCAGAAAAAUAGAAAUAAAUCUCCAACAGAUGCAUCUAAAAGUGAAAUAACACAAAUACAAACAGAGAAAGUACAUUUGCCCAAAGCUGGUAAGAAAAAUCGAACUCUGAAGAAAGCUAAAACUCUUCAAAAGAGAAAAAUUCUCAAAAUAACUUCGCCUAAAAAUACGGUAAUAGAGAACGUGGAUCAGACUCCAACUCUAAACUCGCUGAAAGUUUCACAGUCACCGGGGAAAGUACAGAUGUCUGUAACUCCUAAUAAAUCUAAAACCCCUAAGAAAGAUAAAACUGUCAAAGGUAAAAUUAAUAAGAUGGUAGCAUCUUCAGAUUCAGCUCUGAGGAGCACUGUGAUGAGAGUGGCUCAGUCAACAGAAGAUUUGGAGUUAUCCUCAACUCCAAAAAGAGCAAAAAUGCCUGAAGAGGUGAGUGUACCAGCAAAUAAUGUACAGUUAUCCACAAAUCUGGACAAAUCUGUGAUGCCCAAGAAACGUAAAAUGCCCCAAGAAGCUGAAACUCCAAAGAAAGCCAAGACCCCUAAAAAGAAAAAUCAUAGCCCAAGCUCUGUUCAGACUCCCAAGAUGAUUAAAAGUGGGAAAGUAAUGGUUACUCCCAAAAUUCUAGGCUCUGGAAAGAAAACGCCUCAAAAAGCUAAAACUCCAAAGAAAUUCAAGACCCCUAAGAAGGCAGUUACUCCUGAGGAAGUUUUACCUUUGAAAAAAAUACAUAGCCCAAGCUUUGUUCAGACUCCCAAGAUGAUUAAAAGUAAGAAUGUAAUGGUUACUCCCAAAAUUCUUGGCUCUGGAAAGAAAACUAAAUUGGUAGAUAAAAAACUCAUGGCAACAAAAAAGAAGUUCAAACUGUCUACACCUCUACCAAUCACUCCCAGGCAAAAGAUUAAAACAAAAGCCCCCAAGUCUGCUUAGAUGAAAUUUGCUGUCCAUGUUCUUAUUUUAUUGGGAAAUAUAUGUAUUAAAUAGAUUUUCAAGAGAAGUGUAUGAUUGAGCUAUGUUUAUAUUUAUCGACAGUACUAUACUAGAAUAAAGUAUUGUGCUUUUCAUUAAAUUACUCUGUUAAUCCAAUACUUUUGACAUCACUUCUCCUCUUGUACUUCAGUGAUACCUAUCUUCUUGAAUCUGGAAUGGGUUCUGGGAGAUGUUCUUCUCACUAAGCCCAGCCUGGGGCCAGGCUUGACCACUUUAGACUGCAAAAUAGUCUUCAGCCUUGAUGCCCUCAUUUUGAGUACUGUACUACUUUAACCCUAAAGUGAGGUUAUUGUCAUACAUAGGUUCACAGGGUAAUGUAGUUAUCUUGUGUGGAUUCUAACUUCAAAAGAGAAAAAUUCUCAAAAUAAUUUCGCCUUCGCCUUAAUUAACUUCAAAAUAACUAUUAUUGUCUGGGUUUUAUAUCAAUAUGGAUAUAGUGGCUAUAUGGAUGUAAUACAGUUUACGUAGAUCAAUGAAAAAGUCAAGCUAUUUUAUUAUUGCUUACUAAGCAAAUGUGGUUAUCACAAAUGUAAUUUGCCAAUGCAUUAAUUGUCAAAAAUAAAAUAAGUACGUAAUUAUGUAUACUGAUUAUGUUCAUAUAGUUUUCUCAACUAUAUGGUGACAAUGAAGUUCAUUACAUGUACCGUACAAGUGGCAUGUCUUCAUCUCUGGGCGUCUAUAUUGUCGCUCCAUAUGGUUCCAUUUAUCCUCUGUGGCAUCACCCAGAACAGCACUCAUCAAUAUUUUGUUCAUACAACAUUGAAACAUACAUAAAUACAUACAGUGUAAGCCUAAUACAGUGUAGAUGACAAAUCAGGGAGGCCCCCCUCCCCCCUCAAUUGUGAGACAAGUCUACUGUGCUACAUGGUUGCUACACAUCUGUAUAUCCAUAUACAAGAGAUUCACUGAACUAAUGCCUCCUACACCCCCAUUAUUAAAUUAAAACAUUGCAUCCACAUUAUUUUUUCUUACUGCCCAUUUGACUUGCCGUACCUUUUUAGAAAGGUUCUGACCUUCAUUACGUUACACUUAUCUAUUGAAUUUCAGCAGCCAUUUAUCAGCACAGCUAUGCCUUAUGGAGACUGAAGUGACAACUAUGUCCCAAAUAGUCUAUGAAGGUGACAACCCUUACGUAAGUAAUUAUCAAAAGAAGGCACCAAGCCAGGUAGGCUAUGUAACACCAAAACCCUUACAUAAACUGUAAAGGUGACAGCCAUGUCCCUUAAAUAAACUGAAGGUGACAGCCAUGUCCUUUGCAUAAACUGAAGGUGACAGCCAUGUCCCUUACAUAGACUGAGCCUUAUGGAGACCAUGAAGAAGAUAGCUGUACACCUUAUGGAGACUGACGGUAAUAACCAUGUACCUUAUGAAGAUGGUGAAGGUGAUAACCACGUACCUUACAAAGACUGUGAAGGUAACAGUUGUGCCUCUUUGUGCCGAAGGACGGUAAAAGAGACAGACAGGUGAAAUAUGGACUUGUAAAUGAAUAUCAUUGUAAGCAGUUAAAAUGAACUUUCUAGAAAGGUUGAUCUACCUGAUCAACCAGGCUGUGAUACACACGUCAGGCUGCAAGCAGCCACAUCAAACAGUCUGGUUGAUCAGUCCAGCAACGAGGAGGCCUGGUUGACGACCGGGCCGCGGGGACGCUAAGCCCCGGAAACAUUUGAAGGUAACUGCCUUAUAGAGACUUGAGAAGGUGAUAACCAUAUGUCUUACGGAGACUUGAGGGUGAAAGCCACGUGGUUACUCGUCUAAUAUUUUAUAUGGUUUUGACCAGAACCACUAAUGCUACAACAGUAAUUCUUAUGGAAGCUGGAACAUGACGCUAAAUGCUAAUAAUGGAAAGCAGUUAGCUAUGUAGUUUAAACAUUUAGCUGGUUGGUCCUUGAAUCCACUACAAUGGCAGAUUGGAUAAUACACAGGAUUCUCAAAUUUAAAUUAAAAACACCUGUAUGUAUUCUUGAAUCCAAAGGCUUCAAUAUUUAUUGUCAUAUAUUAAACAAAGAAUAAAAUUUUAUUCAAUGAAACACUGCCUGUAUUUCCAUAAUUAUGAAAACAGUACACUUAUUAAAUAUUUUAAUCAUGUAGAGUACAAUGCACCCUCCAAAAUCCAGACAUUCCUGUAAUGGAUCCCUCUAAACUACUGACAAAAUCUGUGCAAUGGAUAUUCCCCUCUAAAUUGUAGAUUUCUAAA